AUGAAACAGAAACUGAGCUGUUGCUGGCAGGUGGCAGCUGAAGAAAGUAUGAAACUAGCGAUGAAGCAACCAAAAGAUGUGGAUGACACACUGGCAAGGGUGAAAGAUGAAAAGUGUCCUGUUCAAAAUGCAGUGCAAGCCUAGACGAGUGGCUUCUUUAAGCAAAAACCCAACAAGAUUCUCUUCCCAAACUCAAAGCUUUUCAAGCGGUGAGGUAGGGACCUUUCUGAGGCUGAGCAGAAAGAGGUUGAGGACCUCGUCCAGAAGUUUGGUUACAACGUUUACCUCAGUGACCAGAUGCCCCUCGAUCGAACCAUCCCAGACACGCGAGAUCCCAGGUGUCUUCAGAAGAGAUAUCCUUCACAACUCCCAUCUCUCAGUGUCAUUCUCAUAUUCGUGGAUGAAGCUCUGUCUGUUAUACAAAGAGCCAUCACCAGCAUCAUCAACCGGACGUCCUCUCAAUUGUUGAAGGAGAUCAUCUUAGUGGACGGUUUUAGCUCAAAUGGAGAAUUAAAGGCAUACUUGGAUGAGAAGAUUAAGCUUUACAACCAGAAGUCUCCAGGACUACUGAAAAUAAUACGGCAUACCGAGAGAAAAGGUCUUGCUGCUGCUUGCAACACCGGCAGGGAGGUGGCCACGGCUGACGUGGUUGCCAUCUUGGCUGCUUAUGUUGAAGUGAAUGUUGGGUGGGCAGAGCCCAUCUUGGCGUGGAUUCAGGAAGACCGCACCGUGGUUGUGUCUCCUGUGUUUGACAACAUCCUUUUCGACACCUUUAAACUGGAUAAGUAUGCAUUAGCAGUUGACGGGUUUAAUUGGGAACGAUGGUGCCACUAUGAUUCACUGCCAAAGGCCUGGAUUGAUCUGCAUGAUGUCACCGCUCCUGUGAAGAGUCCUUCCGUCAUGGGCAUCCUGGCUGCCAACAGGCUCUUCUUGGGAGAGAUUGGAUCUCUGGAUGGUGGGAUGCUGACCUAUGGAGGGGAGAACGUGGAACUUAGACUGAGGGUGUGGCAAUGCAGUGGGAGAGUCAAGGUCUUGCCCUGCUCCUGGGUUGCCCACCUGGAGAGACACCACAAGCCCUACUCCUUGGACCUGAGUAUUCCCUUGAAGCAAAAUGCCCUGAGAGUGGCUGAAAUCUGGAUGGAUGAGUACAAAGACGUGGUCUACAUGGCCUGGAACAUACCUCUCCAGAACUCCGGAAUCGAUUUUGGAGAUGUUUCUUCCAGAAUGGCACUCCAGAAGAAAUUGAAAUGCAAAACUUUUGACUGGUAUCUGAAAAAUGUUUAUCCAGUCCUGAAGCCAAUCCACAGCACUGCGGGCUACGGAAGAAUGAAAAACCCAUUGGAUGAAAGUGUCUGCCUGGACCAGGGAGCUAUUCCAGGCAAGCCAAUCAUGUAUUACUGCCAUCAGUGCAGUUCCCAGAAUGUCUACUACCACCUAACUGGGGAAGUCUAUGUGGGAACACUGAUUGCUGAGACAGACAUUGAUGACUGCUGUCUGACAGACCCUGGCAAAGGGGAGAAACCUACUUUAGAGCCAUGUUCCAAGGCAGUCAAAAAUAGACUGCACAUACACUGGGAUUUUAAACCGGAAGGAAGGGAAGAGGCUGGCACAGAGGUCCAGGCCAGGAGACCUACACCUCCACUUCUGAUAGUGGCUGGACAAAGAGGGUCCGGACCCUCAACUUCUCCAGAAGACGAGACCCCCUCCGGGGGCUUCGUCACCAAACUGCAGAAGCCCCGGCGCGGGGACCAUAUCCUCAGCCAAGUGCCCACCCGAUGUCUAGCAAAGCACCGGACGUGGACUUGUCACAAAGUGGCCGAAGGCAUCCUCUGUCUCUCAGCUCAGCCUCAGAAUACGACACCGGCGGCCGGCGGUGGAGAGGUACCUGCUCCCUUUAUGGUUCCCCAGCCACCUGCCAUUGCCGACGGCGCCACUAGAGGGAGCCACCACGGCUCCUGUUUCUCCCACAGGAGCCCCAGGAGGUGCUGCUUAGAGAUCCAGGGCAGAUGUGGGGGCAGCCGAGGCUUCAAAGGCCCCCGGAUCCCUGGCCCGAGAAGUCCAGUGGGCAACUUGAGGGGCCCCUGCCAGGGGAGGAUGUUGCUCUACGAGGCGGAUCAUCGGCGUCACCCCUACUGCAGCUGUUCCGAUGGCAGGAACUCUCAGCCUCGGAUCCUAAGGCGACCUAUAGCUGCCCCUGAACGUGCGUCUUUGGGGACGCUGCAGGGCCUGCCCCCAGGUCCCCUCUGCCACCUGCCCGGCUCCACUGGGGCUCCACUGGGGCUCCCUGCUGCCUCCAGUUCAGCCUGGCCGCUGGGACCAAGAACGGGUCCAACGGCCAGCGGACUGCGGACCAUCCAGGUCAGCCGGGCAUCCCUGCCUCAGGAGGGCAAGGGACCGCGCGCCCUUAAAGAGACCCCACGCUCCGUAGCCUCCCCACUACGACCUGCCCAGAGUCAGGCCAAUGUCACCGUGCCCGCCUCGCCUGUUCCACCUCGCCUGUUCCUGGGAGCCCCGGGACCCCCUCUUCCUGGAUUCUCCUCUCCAUCGCUCUGA